CCCGGCAGCCCGUCGUGCUUACAACGAUGGCAGGCAACAAGCGGUCGUGGGAAGGGAAUUUGAUCCAGAGACCACAGAACGACAAAGAUAUGGCGGAUACUGAACAAACCUCUCCGGUUCAAUCCUUGUUUAUGUACUUCCGGAACGAGUUGGAUGAGCACCACGACCGCCGGGAGCGAAUCAUCAAGGUGUCGCGCGACGUCACGGCAUUGAGCAAGAAGAUCAUCUUCUCCUUACACAGAAUUCGAAACCUAAACACUCCAAUCCCAAAAUCCAUCGCCAAGGAAAAUGCCGACCGUUUCUCUCAGAUUGACACCCUUUUCAAAUCCAUAGCCGCUGAUGUCUCCGGCCUCAAUGCCUGGCGAUACCAACACCAGACAACCUGGGGGGUGCAGGAAUACAUCGAAGCCCUCUCCUUCCAACACUAUAUCGAAAAGCAGCGACUAAUCACCCUCGAGGAAGUAAGAAGUUCUCUGCCGCCAGAGAUUCUGGUUACGGAGUCGGAUUAUGUGUUGGGAUUGUUUGAUUUGACGGGAGAACUGAUGAGAUUUGCCAUCACGGCGAUGAGCAUGGGAGGGACCCGUCCGCGGGAUACGUUGGCGAGUGCAAAUGUUGAUGGGCCGAGUGAUGUGUGCGGGUCGGGUACGUCGGUGGAAGGAAUCAUGGUUGAUCUACGGGAGCUGCGGGCGAUGUUUGAGAAGCUGAAUGUUCCGCGAAAUCAUUCCUUGAUGAAGGAUUUGAGUAAGAAGAUGGAAGUUAUGCAGGCGAGCGUGGAGAAGGUUGAGAAGGCUGCAUACGGUUUGCUGGUUCGCGGGAAAGAGCGGCCUCAGGGUUGGAUGCCGGAUCUCUCGUCGAGUUCGGCGCCGGUGGAGAGUUAUUGAUAAUUGGGCUGUCGGUGGGCGAGUGUUCUGGGUUGGCUGGUUUUACGAUAUUCUUACGGAGGACUGCUAUGGAUGUCCUAUGAAUGUUAAUGUAAUGGGCCGAAAAUGAUAUCAGAUCCACAUGUCG